AUGAACGCGAAAUCGGUCGCUUCAUGUCUGCUGCUGCUGGUGGUGACUUUGCUAACAAACGAAGCUCACGGGCAGCUCCAGUGCUACGUGUGUGAAAACUGUCCCGACCCGUUCGAUAGUUCCGCCCAUUCGCGGCAGCGCUGUCCACCGGAUGCGGCCACCACAACGACGCUAGCGCCCGGACAGACGACAACCAUUAUCCUGACCCCGCCGCCACUGCCCGGAGUGGACACGACGACGAUCGUGCCACCGACGCCACCGAUCGUUCCCAAUCCGCCGGUGGUCGGUCGCCGUAGACGUCAGGUGGACAGCAACGCGGACUCGUACCGUUGCUACCGGAUCGAGCACCUUGGCAUCGUGCGCCGGGGCUGUGCCGCGUUCAUUAACAACGCCCAAGACACGUGCCAGUCGGUGAACGGUGGAGUCAUUCCGACGGACUGCCACGUGUGCGAUUGGGACGGAUGCAACGGAAGUGCGGCCGGUCUGCGGGUAUCGGUGAUGGCGGUGCUACUGGCGGCACUACUCACCACGCUACUGCGGGACUAG